GACCUCCCUCCCUUCUUCCUCCAUCAGUCCUCCUCCCAUCUUCUGCAGGCAGAGACUCCUGCCUUAGAUGCUGCUGCAGUUCCGAGGGCACCGGCUACCAUGCCUUGAUGCCUCCCCGAACCAGUGGCUUCCAUGGCGGUGGCAAGGAAAAUCAAAACUUUGUUGACUGUGAACAUCUUGGUCUUUGUGGGGAUCAUCCUCUUCUCGGUCUACUGCAGGAUCCAGGAUCAUUCCCAGGAGCUGGUGCAGAUCGUCAGGAGUGCCGACCGACGGAUGAGGAGCAGGAACGCCAAGGCGGGUGCCCUGCUGGACAGGGAGUCCAUCCUGCAGCGGCUGGACCACCUGGAAGAAGUUGUGUAUAACCAGCUCAAUGGUCUAGCCAAGCCGAUGGGAUUAGUUGAAGGCCCUGGAGGCUUGGGCCAAGGUGGAAUGGCCGCCACCCUGAGAGAUGAUAGCCAUGAAUCCGAAACCAAGUAUGAAGAAUACGGCUAUAAUGCCCAGCUGAGUGAUAGAAUUUCACUGGACAGGUCUAUUCCUGACUACAGGCCAAAAAAAUGCAAACAGAUGUCCUACUCUGAUGACCUCCCCCAGAUCUCGGUGGUCUUUAUUUUUGUAAACGAGGCUCUGUCUGUCAUCUUGCGCUCGGUGCACAGCGUCGUCAACCACACUCCAUCUCACUUGCUGAAGGAAAUCAUUCUGGUGGAUGACAACAGCGACAAUGUUGAGCUGAAGUUUAAUUUGGACCAGUACGUCCAUAAGAGAUAUCCAGGGCUGGUGAAAAUUGUCCGCAAUAAUAAACGGGAAGGCCUGAUCCGAGCCAGAAUCCAAGGGUGGAAAGCCGCGACGUCCCCGAUCGUUGGAUUCUUCGAUGCUCACGUUGAGUUCAACACUGGCUGGGUGGAACCAGCGCUUACGCGGAUCAAAGAAGAUAGGAAACGGAUCAUUCUCCCAGCUAUUGACAACAUUAAGUACAACACUUUUGAAGUGCAGCAGUAUGCCAAUGCUGCCCAUGGCUACAACUGGGGACUCUGGUGUAUGUACAUAAUCCCACCGCAGGACUGGCUGGACAAGGGAGAUGAAUCUGCACCCAUCAGGACACCAGCCAUGAUUGGCUGUUCAUUUGUGGUGGACAGAGAGUACUUCGGUGACAUCGGCCUGCUUGAUCCAGGAAUGGAGGUUUAUGGGGGAGAAAACAUUGAACUUGGUAUGAGGGUCUGGCAGUGCGGUGGAAGCAUGGAGGUGCUGCCUUGCUCCCGCGUGGCCCACAUCGAGCGCACCAAGAAACCGUACAACAACGACAUUGAUUACUAUGCAAAGCGCAACGCCUUGCGGGCCGCCGAGGUCUGGAUGGACGACUUCAAGUCGCACGUCUACAUGGCAUGGAACAUACCAAUGACGAACCCCGGAGUUGACUUUGGCGAUGUGUCUGAAAGAAUAGCUUUGCGGCAACGUCUUCAGUGCCGGAGUUUUAAGUGGUACUUGGAGAAUGUCUAUCCCGAAAUGAGGAUUUACAAUAAUACCAUCACUUAUGGAGAGGUACGCAACAGCAAAGCCAGUGGCUACUGCUUGGAUCAAGGUGCAGAAGAAGAUGACAAAGCAAUUCUCUACCCCUGCCAUGGAAUGUCCUCCCAGCUUGUCCGUUACAGCUCCGAAGGACUCCUGCAACUGGGCCCUCUGGGAUCCACAGCAUUCCUGCCUGACUCCAAAUGCCUCAUAGACGAUGGGAAAGGAAGGACCCCUACUCUGAAGAAAUGUGAAGAUGUUUUGAGGCCAGCACAGAGACUGUGGGAUUUCACACAGAACGGUCCAAUCAUUAGCCGAGACACUGGCCGGUGCCUAGAGGUGGAGAUGUCAAAGGAUGCUAAUUUUGGGCUCCGACUAGUAGUACAAAGAUGCUCAGGUCAAAAAUGGAUGAUCAGAAACUGGAUAAAACAUGGCCGACAUUGAUUUCGGGCUGGGAAGAAGAUGUUCUCUCUUCUGGAGUCCUUCAAGUGGUACAUGGGUGCCCCUCCAAGAGAAUUGGUGAAAGAGGACUUCUAUACUGAGAAGACAGCUAACGGAGGAAGAAGAAGAAGAAGA